UAUGAAUGAACCAAGAACCUGCAGACGGAAGUACAGCAGCAACAAAGUCAUGCCUCCUGCAGGAACGUGAGCAGGCUGCCGACAUGGAGGAAACACAGUUUGAUGAUAUUUUAGAUGACUGGUUUAUCGAGUCCCUGAGAACGUACAAAGAUCUUCACGAGUAUCACCUGGAACAUCCCACCCAGGUCAUCGAGUGGACAUCCGGAAAGACCGUGUGCGUCGCAGGAUAUGCCUCUUCUAAAAAUGAAAUCCUGGAGCUGCGUUUGCCUCUGAAGCUCUUCGCUGAUGAAAAUAAGGGUCUCUGCGCAGAACGGGAUUUCAAAGUCAUCUACGGUGGUUUGGCAGACGGUCCCGUCCGCUGCCUCAGACACGUCCCGGGAACAAGGUGUGUUGUUACCAACGAUGGGCUGAGCUCAGACCUGCAGGUGUGGGACCUCGGAGGAGACGACAGCGAUGUGAUCAGAAGAACAGGAAGUAUCGAGGGGAGGAGGCGAUUUUCAGAGGGAGGCAGCAGGAUCGCAGCUCGACUCUCGUCGCAGCCGCAAGUUCUUCACGGAGCUCGGAGCAGCGAUGUCCAGCUGACCCAGCUGAUUUCAGGACAGAUUCUAUAUAAACUAGGGCUGCAGCAGGAGGUAGGAAGCGUCUGUGGCAGCAUGACAACAAAGACCGACUCAGCAGAUCCUCUGAGUUCCUUACAUUUUGUGAGUGAUGCAGUCUUCCUCACCGGCUGCUGUAACGGGAAAGUUUACGUCGCUGACACUCGGACGUCUGCUGCUCCUCAGAUUUCACCUCCACCUGCAUCUUCAGGUGAAUCCGUCCUCUGGUGGACAGAUGCCUCCGCAGGUCCGUCCGGCUGCAGGAUCCUCAGACUCUCCUCCUCUGGACAGGCGGUGAUAUCAGACCUGAGGAACCUGGGGGGAGCUAUGAGUCUGGCUCGGCUGGACAUCCAAACACGUCGCUGCAACCUGGACGACGUCAGAGUGUCGUGGGCUCCGGUGCUGGACGACUGUAUCGCAGUGUCAGGUUAG